AUGGGAAUCAUGCUUUUGAAAAGUUUCGGUGUAACAGGUGUGAUUGUCCUGCUGUCAGUUUCCCGUGUUCUUUGCUGGGAAUAUCAGAUUUUCGUAGAGAAAGGCAGCAAGGUCUCUAUUCAGUCCCCAGGAUAUAAAGAGGGGAGCUACCCACUGAACCUCGACUGCAGAUGGAACAUAACCACAACCUCACACGCAAAACUGAAAUUAACAUUUUCGGAAUUCAACCUCGAAUACCAUAAAUCAUGUAGUUGGGACUAUAUUUUGAUAUACAAUGGAACGUGUGGAAAUGGCGAAGACAUCAAGCGUUACUGUGGCACUACUGUGCCAAACAACAUCGUUUCGAAUACAGCUGAGACUUGUGUGGAGUUCCAUUCGGAUCAAUAUAUAGUAAAGCCUGGCUUCCAUCUGUUGAUUACGUCCGAAGAUACAUCACAAAAUGGUAUACAAUCAUCUACUACAAUGUCUGCCAUACAGAACCCAUCGGUAACAACGUCUUUUAUUACAUCACCGACAACACCAUCAACGACACCGUCAACGGAAACAUCAUCGACGCCAUUGCUUCAAAAUACGGUAACACCAUUUACACAAAUGCUGGUUGGUCCGUCGCAGCUGAGCGUACAAACUCUACUGAUAGAUCAAUCAAAGACUGGAUUAGGAGACCACACGGUAGUGGAGAUGUGUAAAGACAUCUCCUUGUACAAGGCUGACCAUGAAGCUCUGGUUAUAUCUCCCGGCUACACCCAAAAUCAGAACUACGGGAAUAAUAGGCAUUGUCAUCUCAAAAUACUUAACCCAGGAAAGAAGAUUCUGAAGUUUUCAUUUAUCGACUUUAACGUCGAGAAACACCACACUUGUUCUUGGGACAAGUUACAAGUCAUCGAAGGACAGGAGUCCUUAUUAGCAACAAUUUGUGGUGUUUCCGAAGACACUCCCGACAAUUUGGAGUCAUCUGCAGCUGAUAUUAACCUGAUCUUCAUCUCCGACAGCGUGGUACCCUGGCAUGGCUUUAAAAUAAAACUUUCAAUACCACACAAAGCAUCGACAAUGAAACCAUCUGUAUCAUCUACGUCCACGUCACCGCCUACGACCACAACUCCUCCUAAAGCGACCACGAAUCACGUGACGUCGUCAGUACCUGAUCACGGCACAGACACCCAUCCCAUAAUACUAAAUGAUGGAUACCAGCAAUCCUAUGUAGAUACAUCCAUUAAAGUUUUCUCUCCAAACUUUGGUCCCGGUAAAACUUAUCCUGUCAGUGUUACAUGCGGAUUGAAACUUCAAACCGAGAGUAAUCGGAAAAUUCGUGUUAAUGUUUUAAAUUUCAAAGUUGAGUACCACCCAUCAUGCUCGUGGGACAGUCUAUCCAUCUAUGACGGUCCAUCUAAAACAUCAGCACUACUAGGAACAUUUUGCGGUGUCAAGUCUGGUAUUGCAAUUAAUAGCAGCGGAACUGAAUUGUUUCUAGAAUUCGUGUCUGAUUAUAUCGUACCUGAUAAAGGAUUCCAACUAGAUGUCUCAACUGAAAUAGAGGUAUCAGUUGCGCCAACGACCACAAAUAACCCAAUGACGACAAAGAAGCAUUCAUCAGUACCAACAUCUGCGACCACCCCUUCAGCUAUGUUAACAACGCCGAAAUCCACAGUCUCUACCAAGCCCUCUACUGCGCCAUUGACUAUACCACCAUCCCAGCCCUCGACUGUGCCACCAGCUACGCAAUCGACAACGCCUUCAUCCAAACCUUUGACCACGCCUUUAACCACACCUUCUACCUCUUCAUUGACCACGCCUUCCACCACGCCCUCAUUUACACUGACAACUAAUCCCUCGAUUACGCCUUCGACCACAUCCGUAACCACGCCCUUGCCUGUAUCAUCAGCUAAAACAAUAACAGGGGCAAUUACAACUAUGGCUUCUACAACCAUACCAACCCCCGUUGUCAUAGAACUCUGUGGUGAACAGUCGACAAUGACCAUUCCUGCCUCCGGGAUUUACGUCACGUCUCCAAACUACCUAUCAGGAAAUUAUCCGAUUAAUGCCAAGUGUAGCCUUACCGUCUAUGUCUCGAACAACCAGGCUAUAUCCGUAGAACUGAUGUCUAUGGAUAUAGAAGAAAACUCUGACUGUUCCUGGGAUAGCUUGUCAAUUUAUGACGGACCUACGAUCAGCUCCAAUCGUUUGGCUAAACUCUGUGGGAAAACCCUUCCCCAUCUAAUCCAGAGUUCGUCAAAUGUCCUUCACUUUUACUUCCUCUCCGAUUACAUAAUUUCGCGAAAAGGAUUCCAAGCCAAGCUGACUUUGGUACAAGAAUCAACCACGGUAUCAACUAUAUCUACACAGAAACUGACAUCACCACCGACGACGACGACGACAUUGACGACACCGACAUCUACACCAACGCCGACGACAAAAGCAACAACGACAUCAACACCACCACCACCACCACUAUCAAUGACAACGACACCAGCAACAACUACAACGACACCCACACCAACGACGACGACACCAUCAACAACUACAACGACACCAACACCGACGACGACGGAACCAUCAACAACUACAACGACACCCGCACCAACGACGACGGAACCAUCAACAACUACAACGACACCCGCACCAACGACGACGACACCAUCAACAACUACAACGACACCCACACCAACGACAACGACACCAUCAACAACUACAACGACACCCGCACCAACGACGACGACACCAUCAACAACUACAACGACACCCACACCAACGACGACGACACCAUCAACAACUACAACGACACCCACACCAACGACGACGGAACCAUCAACAACUACAACGACACCCACACCAACGACGACGACAAAAGCAACAACGACAUCAACAACACCACCACCACCACCACUAUCAAUGACAACGACACCAGCAACAACUACAACAACACCCACACCAACGACGACGACACCAUCAACUACUACGACUUCACAACCCAGGCAUAGUACGACAGUGGCGAGUGUGAUCAACCUACCCUUAGCAUGCCGAGGAGUCCCACAAGAGCACACCUUGCCGUCCGGUAUCAUACAGUCUCCUGGUACUGAAGAAAAUAAUCACUAUUCAGGCAAUGUUACCUGUGAAUGGGUGAUCAUGGCCACAGCAGAUCAUGUGAUUGAGCUGUCUUUCGAAGAGUUCGAUCUUGAAUCUGACCCUGAUUGUAAUGCCGACCGCGUAACAAUUCACGAUGCCUCCACAGCUUCUGGAGAAAUAUUGGCGACUUUUUGUGGAAGUGAUUCCCCCGGAAAUGUGAAAUCAACCUCCAACGCAGUAUUCAUUAGUUUUACGACUAAGAAUGCUGCUGAGAAAAAAGGGUUCAAAUUGAAGUAUACAACGAUAGCGAAAGAGUCAUGUCUGUCUGGAGAGUAUGCUUGUCAGGACGGAAAAUGUAUACCGGAAGAGUGGUUAUGUGACGAAGAACCUGACUGUGUUGAUGCAAUGGACGAAUUGUCAUGUCAGAUGUGCCAGGAUGGGGAAUUCCGAUGCGGAAAUGGAAAGUGUAUUUCGGCUAUGUUACGGUGUGACGGAAACGUUGAUUGUGUAGAGGGACUGGACGAAUAUAACUGUGUUGGCAUUGGAGACACUGAUCAGUUGGUGAGUGUGAUGUAUCAGGCACAGAGUUAUCCAGUGUGUAGUGAUGACUGGAGUACAGAAGUGGCUGACGUCAUCUGUCAAAACCUUGCCUUCAGUGAUUCUGUGUCGAUCUCAUCAGCCAACUCUAACGAUAUAGUGCUGAUGACUCUUAAGGAUGUUCCACCGAUGUCAUUAAAGUUCAUUCAUACGAUGUUUGAACCAACACUCAACUGCAAUAGUGGACAGCAAGUACAACUUCAAUGUGAACACAAUGAAUGUGGUGUAAGAAGUCCGAAUCUGAUGACACCAUACAUCAUAGGGGGGACCAAGUCCUUCCUUGGUCAGUGGCCAUGGACAGUGGCUAUUAAAAUCAACCAGAAAUUUAUUUGUGGCGGAACAUUGAUUAGUCAACAAUGGGUUGUUACGGCCAGUCACUGUAUCGAGUCGGUAUCUGCAAAACCGUAUCUUCUGAAUGUGAUGAUAGGUUCCAUAGCAAUGAAUCCAGCAGAUGGAGUUUAUUUCAAGGUCACAGAGGUCAUUAUGCAUCCAAAUAAUUCAUUCAUUUACGAAGCCGAUAUUGCUCUCUUGAGAUUGCAAAAACCAGUUAUCUUUACCGAUCACGUAAAACCUCUCUGCUUAGCAACGGAGUCGCACAUCCUUACAGGAAGUUCCAUUUGUUAUGUGUCAGGAUGGGGCGUACUGAGUGUAGCAGAUUUUUACUCCACUACAAUGCCGGAAUACAUGCAUCAUGCUAAGAUGAAGUUAGUGACACACUCGAAAUGCAAGGAAUCGUACCAGGGCAAGCUCAAGGAUACCAUGCUGUGUGGUGGAUACGACCUCGGCAGGAUCGAUUCAUGCAAGGGUGACAGCGGUGGGCCGCUUAUGUGUAAAGUCAGCUCAGACAGAUGGAUAUUGGCCGGGAUCACAAGCUGGGGAGAAACACCUUGUGGACAGGCAAAGAAACCGGGAGUCUAUACUAGAGUGGAUAAAUACAGGGAUUGGAUCACAGGAAUCACAGAGGAUGGUGGAAGACAACACAACUGCACAUAUGAAACGCCUGGGCUUUGUGGUCAUAUCGACGACUCUAAUGACGGUUUUAUGUGGACCCGGAGAUCGCAUGACCCCAUUUUUGAUCAUACAUGGGGAAAUUCUUCUGGACAUUUCAUGUUCGCAGAAAACCCAAAUGGACUCAACACUUUUUAUCAGGAAGCAAUUUUGAAAUUACCGCCAUUUUUUAGUAAUGACAUCAAGUGCAUGACACUGGCAACAUUUUUCCAUGGGUCCCAGUCCGACAUGAAACUGAAGAUCAUUGGUCACGUGACACCAAAUGUAAGCCGACAGUUGUCAGAAAUAUCGUCUUUUUCUAGUUCUUGGACAAUUGCAAACAUUACCAUCAAUGAUGACAUCACAGCGGUAGAUAUCAUCGCCGUCAGAGGAGUACAAGAAAAUGUUGGCGUAGCAAUAGAUGACGUCAUGUUCUCAGGAGGACGUUGUCAAGAUGCUGUUAAAUUCGGGUGUACGUUUGAAGGCGGUAACAUGUGCCUGUACACGAACGACAUAGAUGAUCUCUAUGACUGGAGUUUACAAUCAAAUGGGACAGGUUACCACAUUGAGUUUACUGGUGCCAGUAAAUACCCUGGAGACAAGGCUAAGUUUUCAUCACCUGUGAUGACCAGUCCUAUCCCUCGAUGUGUAAGGUUUUCCUAUCAAAUUUGUCCCCAGUCGUCGGGGACACUCACCCUCCUUACCCAGGUCUACUUUGGUGGCGCUCCAGUUUUAUCGGAACCAGUGUGGACAACAAAGCUUUCAAACUGUAGCAACUGGACAAAAGCUAAGACUGACAUCGAUCAUCAGUUUCACACAUUUGGCAUAACGUUUGAGGCGACAAGAGGGUCUUCCUCUGGUAACAUUAGGGUAGAUGAUAUCAGUAUUUCCCAUGGCAACUGUUUCUAG